GAGGCACACUGUCUGGGUUCAGACCCUGGCCUUGCUGUGUGACCUGGCGCAAGAAGCUUUACCUCUCAGAGCUCAAGUUUCCUCAUCUGGAAAAUGGAGGUGACGAUAAUGUACCCACCACUUAGGGUCGGUGUGAAGUGUUCAGAACGGGGCUAGGCUGCUACUAUGGUUGUGAUUAAGGGAAGCAUAUCCUCUUGAGAAACAAUAUAAGCCAUCGGAAGUUAAGUUUCUAACGUGGAGCAAGAGAGGAAAGCUGAAAGUCGGAGUGCCAGUGGGGACCUAAGUACAAGAGAGAUGGAAUUAGAUGUGUAAAGAGAAGAAUUUGUGGGCAAGACUCCUCAAAAAGCUUAUGACUUCAAUCAAAAGUGGGAAACAUUCCAGAUUAAAACGGGACUAAAGAGACCCCAACUGACACAUGGAAUGCAUGAACCUUGACUGGAUCUCAGUUUAGGGGGAAAAAAACAGCUAUAAGAGACUUUUUUCUUUUUUUUUUUUUUUAAUUUUAUUGUCCUUUAAGUGAAAGUUUCUAGCGCAAAUUAGUUUUUUCAUUCAAAAACUUAUAUAGAAAUUGUUUUGUGACAUUAUUUUGCAGCCUCCACAGUGUGUCAGCACUCUCCCCAAUUCCAUCCUGGGUUCCCUCUGUUCAUUCAUACGAUUUUCCUGUCCCUUCCUGACUUCUCAGCUUUGCUUUUAAGCAGGUGUAACCCAUUGGUGUAGUGGUUAAGUGCUAUGGCUGCUAACCAAAGGGUCAGCAGUUCAAAUCUGCCAGGCGCUCCUUGGAAACUCUAUGGGGCAGUUCUACUCUGUCCUAUAGGGUUGCUGUGAGUCAGAAUCGACUUGAUGGCACUGGGUUUGGUUUUUUUUGGUGUUAACCCAUUUGGCCUCAUGUACUUGAAUGAACUAAGGUGCACGUCCCUCACAUGUAUUUUUGUUCUAUAGGCCUGUCUAAUCUUUGGCUGAAAGGUUGACUUCAGGAGUGGUUUCAGCCCUGAGUUAGCAGGAUAUCUGGGGCCAUAGUCUUGGGGUUCCUUCAGUCUCUGUCAGACCAGUAAGUCUGGUCUUUUUUUGUGAAUUUGAAUUUUAUUCUGCAUUUUUCUCCCACUCUGUCCAGGACCCUCUACUGUGAUCCCUGUCAGAGUGGUCAGUGGUUAUAAUAGACUUUUGGGGACAAUUUGGGAAAUUUGAAUAUGGACUAGAUAGUAGAUGAUAUUAGGAAAUGAGUGAUAAUUUUCUUAGAUAUGUAAUGGUGCUGUGAUUAUAUAGAAGAAUGUCAGUAUUCUUAGAAAAAGAACGAUGAAGCUUUUAGCGGCUGAGUUCAGAUGUGCAAUUACAUCCAAGUGGUCCGCCAUAUAAUAAUCAUAACAACGACAGCAACACACAAACACAGACAAAGCAGAUAAGGCAGAAUGUUACACUGCUGAGUAGAGAUGGAGGGUAGCUGGGAGUUCCCGGCGCUAGCACCUCUUCUGUCUGUCUGGAUUUUCUCAAAAUAAAAGUGGUGCUGGCGGGGAAUGAGGCAGACCCAAGUCUGUACCCUGCUCUGCCACUUCCAUGCUGUGUGACCUAGGGCCAGGCACUCUACCUCUCUGAGCCUCUUGCUUCUCCACCUUGUACGUCAAGGCAUUAGUGGUUCCUGCUUCCUGGGAGGUUGUGGAGAUUAAGCUAGAGAAUCCACAAAAACACUCUGAACUCUGCCUGCCGCAGGGCGAGCACUCAGUACAUAGUGUAAUACGUUUUCAUAAAAGAAAGAAAAGUUUAAUAAAUGCUUUAUUGAAGCAUUUUAUAAUUUACAGAGGGAAACGUACUCAUAUUCUAAGUGUACAGCUUGAUGAAUUUUCACAAAGUAGACACGUGUGUACCCAGAUCAAGAAGGCCUAGAACUGUGGUUCUCCCACUUUCUGGCCUCAGGAUCCCCGCACAACCUUAAAACUGAUGAGUGACUAAAUAAAGUGCGGUAUAGCCAUACAAGGAAACCCUGGCGGCGUAGUGGCUAAGUGCUACGGCUGCUAACCAAAGGGUCGGCAGUUCGAAUCCGCCAGGCGCUCCUUGGAAACUCUGUGGGGCAGCUCUACUCUGUCCUGUAGGGUCGCUAUGAGUCGGAAUCGACUUGACGGCACUGGGUUUGGUUUUUGGUUUAUAGCCAUACAAUAGAAUAUUACUCAGCCAGAAAGAGAAAUAGAGCCCUGAUACAUAUCACAACACGAAUGAACCUUGAAAACAUCAUGCCGAGUAAAAUAAAUCAGUCCCAAAAGGACAAACACUGUGUGAUCUCACUUAUACAAACUAGGCAGAUACAUAGAAAGCAACGAUUAUUAGUGUUUAUGGGGGGUGGGGGGGCAGUUAUUGCCUAGGGGCGCUGAGGGUCUGUUAAUGGUGGUGGGAUAAUUCAGAAAAGGAUAGCGGUCAUGGUGGCACCACGUGAAGAACAUAAUCCCUGUCACUAAAUUACACACGUAGAAAUUAGUGAAUUGGUGAAUGUUUUGUUAUGUAUAUUUUUACCACAGUUAAAAACAACAAAAAAACCCUAUAACAGUGGUUCUCAAACUUUUUGAUCUCAAGAUCCCCACACAGCCAUCAAACUCUGAUGAAUGAGUAAAUAAAACGUGUUAUAGUCAUACAAUGGAUUGUUGUUCAGCCGUAAAAAGGAAUGACGUCCUGAAACAUGCCGCAGUACGGAUGAGCCUUGAAAACGUGUUGCUGAGUGAGGCGGCGGACACAAAGGGCCACAUACUGUACGAUUCCACUCAUGUUAAAUAUGUAGGAUAGGCAAGUCAAUAGAGACAGCAAGAAGUCUUGUAGUUACCUAAACCCAUUGCCUUUGAGUCGAUUCCAACUCAUAGCGACCCCUGUAGGCCAGAAUAGAACUGCCCCAUAGAGCUUCCAGGGAGCACCUGGUGGAUUUGAACUGCUGACCUUUUGGUUAGCAGCUGUAGCUCUUAACCAUUAUACCACCAGUGGUUACCUAGGACUGGGGAAAGGAGCCCUGGUGGUGCAGUGGUUAUGCGCUCUGCUGCUAACUGAAAGAUCAGCAGUUUGAACCCACCAAACCACUCCACAGGAGAAAAAUAUGGCAGUCUGCUGCCAUAAAGAUUACAGCCUUGGAAACCCUACGAGGCAGUUCUAGUCUGUCCUACAGGGUGACUGUGAGUUGGAAUCGACAAGACGGGGAUGAGUUUUGGUUUUAGGGCUGAUGAGAUGAGGAAGAAAUGGGGAAUAAUUGCCAACAGGUAUAGAAUUUCUUUUUGGGGGGGUGAUGAAAUAUACUAAAAUCGAUUGCAGGGAUGGUUGCUCGGAUCUGCGAAAAUAGCUAAAAGGCAUACAAUUGUAGACUUUAAACAGGUGAAUUGUGUAGUAUGUGAAUUAUAUCUCAGUAAAUCUGUUAAAAAAAUAUAUCGAGGGCCCCCAAAGAGCUUGUUCAUGCAGGUUAUAUUUAUUCUUAUUUACCAUAUUAGAGAUUAAAGCCAGGACAUCUCUCCAACACGAGAAUACUCACGUUCCAUCAGCCAUCAGAGCCAUGAUGUCUGCACACACCAUGGAGCCUCUAGAAAAGCCCACUGAACACUCAAGCGAGAGUGGGCGCAAAAAGGGGCAGAUAUUGUGAAAAUAGUUUUCAUCUCACAGACCCUCUGAAGGGUCUCAGAGUCCCCUGGGGACCUCCAGGCCACACCCUGAAAUUUGCUGCCCUAGAAGUUCCAGAAGCCCCUCUCAUGCCCUAGGGUGAUUCAUGGUCACUCCUAGUUUCUGCACCGUCUUGACUUCUAACACUCUAGCGUUGCCUAUUUUUGCUCUUUAUGUAAAUGGAAUUGGAUAGUGUAUUCUCUCAUGAGUCUGGCUUCUUUUCGCUCACUGUUAUGUUUGGGAGGCACGUCCAUGUUGUUGUGUGUAUCUAGACAUUGUUUAAUCACCACCUUCGUUUUCCACUCCAUGACUAUACCGCAACCUGUCCAUUCAUUCUACUGACGGUCAUUUGGGUGUUUCCAUUUUGGGACUCUUGUGAAUGGAGGUGCUGUGAACAUUCUUGUGCUGUCCGUUGGUGGAUGGAUUGAUGCCUUUCUCUCGGAAAGGAAUUGCAUCAGAGGGUGGCUCCCAGCUGGGCUCUAGCCCCUUCCUGUCUGAAGCCAAUGUCGAACGGAUCGUCCAGACCUUAUGUACAGUUCGGGGGGCUGCCCUCAAGGUUGGCCAAAUGCUCAGCAUCCAGGACAACAGCUUCAUCAGCCCUCAGAUGCAGCGCAUCUUUGAGCGGGUCCGCCAGAGCGCCGACUUCAUGCCCCGCUGGCAGAUGACGAAAGUUCUGGAAGAGGAGCUCGGCAGGGACUGGCAGGCUAAGGUAGCCUCUUUGGAGGAGGUGCCCUUUGCCGCCGCCUCAAUCGGGCAGGUGCACCAGGGCAUGCUGCGGGAUGGGACGGAGGUGGCUGUGAAGAUCCAGUACCCGGGUGUUGCCCAGAGCAUCCAGAGCGACGUCCAGAACCUGCUGGCAGUGCUCAGGAUGAGCGUGGCCCUGCCAGAGGGCCUGUUUGCUGAGCAAAGUCUGCACACCUUGCAGCAGGAGCUGGCUUGGGAAUGUGACUACCGCCGGGAGGCAGCUUGUGCCCAGAACUUCAGGCAGUUGCUGGCGGAUGACCCCUUCUUCCGGGUGCCAGCCUUAAUUCAGGAGCUGUGCACCACACGGGUACUGGGCAUGGAGCUGGCCAGAGGUGUCCCUCUGGACCAGUGCCAAGGCCUGAGCCAGGACAUCCGGAAUCAGAUUUGCUUCCAGCUCCUGAGGCUGUGUCUGCGGGAGCUGUUUGAGUUCCGAUUCAUGCAGACGGACCCCAACUGGGCCAACUUCCUGUAUGAUAGCUCCAGCCACCAGGUGACCCUGCUGGACUUUGGGGCGAGCCGGGAGUUUGGGACCGAGUUCACAGACCAUUACAUCGAGGUGGUGAAGGCUGCAGCUGAUGGGGACAGAGCCCGGGUUCUGCAGAAAUCCCGAGACCUCAAAUUCCUCACAGGCCUUGAAACCAAGGCAUUUUCGGACGCCCACGUGGAGGCAGUGAUGAUCCUGGGGGAGCCGUUUGCUACCCAAGGCCCCUACGACUUCGGGGCAGGGGACACUGCCCGCCGUGUGCAGGGCCUCAUCCCUGUGCUGCUGCGGCACCGGCUGCGCCCACCCCCCGAGGAGACCUACGCUCUGCACCGGAAGCUGGCAGGGGCCUUCCUGGCCUGCGCCCGCCUCCGCGCCCACAUCGACUGCCGGGACCUCUUCCAGGACACCUACUACCGCUACUGGGCCAGUCGCCAGGGGUAACCACAGCCCGCAGCCUGCGGAUCACAGGGACCUCUGGGUACCAAGAAGCCCUGUGGAUCCCCCACAACAGCCUCCAUCGCGGGCUCUCGUAAAUGGCGCCUCCGGGCCCGUCCCCCUUUGCUCCACGUCUGGGAGCCCCCUUGGUCUUCCCUGCCAUGCUUACCCCCUACCUUCGUCCAGAGGCUGGGACUGGGGAGCUCUCAACUUCCUGCCCCAGAUCCUGCCCUCCCCACUCCAAAGUGGGCAUCCUGGAGCCCUGAGCCAGGGAACCCACGAACUUAUUUCUGCCGCCGUUUGAGGGAGCUUGAGGCCCCUAGGAAGAAAUCAGGAAGGUCCAGACUCAUCUAGAGGGGGGCCCCUCCCGUCUGCUCAGGUCUCCGAGGAUCCAACGGCCAAAGGGGAGGGGCGGGGUUGGAGGAGCAGCCGUCACCUUUGCCCCCUCCUCCUCCACCAGCUGUCAUCCCCCGUUUCAGCGUCUCUGUGAGUCGGGGAGCGGGGCGCGAGGGUGUGAACCUUCGGUCCUAAUAAAAGCGGCCCUCCCCUUCCCCCAGCUCUUUUUUCUGUGCUGGGGGGGAGAGGGAGGAGUCCGCGGGCGGCCUCCAGGUGCAGAUGGCCAGCCCCCCCGCCCCUUGUCUGAAAGCCCCCGUCCUGCCCGGCCAUCUGUUGCCGGAACCUCCUUCUCCCCUUUACCCCUCCCUCCACGUGCUGACCACCUGCUGGCGGCCUGUAGCAGCUGAGAAGGCCUGCCUCCCCACCCUCAGGCUGCCUUGGGCUCCCGGCUGCCCCUCGGCUCCCGGCAACCUCGCCUCUGCUAAUGGGCCGUAAUGCCCCAGCCAGCUGCUUUGCCAAGCCCACAGGAGUGCGGGGAAGCGGGGGCGGCGGGCGGGGAUCUGGGCGCGGCUCUGGUUGCCGCCGCGGCGCCCCCGCCCCCCAAGCCGACCCGUUCUCGUACCGGGACUGCGGGGUCUGCUCAUCUCCCCUCCCCUUCCUCGGAAAAUGCCUCGUCACCGCUCUGUCCGCCCCCGCCGUGCCGGGAGAACCUUGGGGUUAGCGGGAAGAUUUGGGGAUGUCGGGAGACGAGGCGCCUCCCGAAGCAAUUAUUUCGGGCGCGGAACGGGAAGAGAUCUAAGGUCAAGGGCCGCGGAGGGAAAGGGAACCCACGUCUGGGUGGACACGGGGGAGGCCAUCUGCAUAUUAAGCCGGCGACGGGCCAGUGGG